AUGGCGACCCUGCCGGUAGGGGAGGACAAAUGGGUGGACUAUGUCGCUGAGAACAGACGGCACGCCAACGACCUGGAAAAGCGCGUUCACGUUAUCGAACUUUUUAAACUCGCCGUUGAGGCCGAGCCCAACAGCGUCAAGGUAUGGCGUGCAUACUGCGAAUACUUUUGGUCUCUCUACGUCGAUAGCCAAACGCCCGAAUCCGGAUGGACCGAUGAGGAGCGCCUCAUGGGCCGCGAGCUCUUCUCUCUUAAUGCGGCACUCAGCCUCUGGCAGCAAGGCUACGAAUCUAUCCAGUACCGUAUCAGCGACAGUCAUGAGCUAUGGGACCGAUGGAUUUCUCUCGAGCGCGCCAUGCUCGCCGGCACACGUACAGCCGAAGGCAUUCGGCGCAUUACUUUUCUCUAUACCGAUCGCCUCCAAGUCCCCCACGUUACACGCGACGAGACUGCGCAAGCAUUCUCCGAGUUCUUAUCGACCUACAAUAAGGCUGCAUGGGAGGAGACUAUGCAGGCAGUCACCGCCAAAUCACAGGAGGCAAAGAAAUUGACUGAAGAUCGCGACAUGUUUGAACUGAAGUUAAAACAGGCCCAUCGAGAUGGGAAAGACGACGUCUACCGCGCCCUUUUUAAGGAAUACUUGGAAUGGGAAUACGCCCAGAGCAAGAGGAGUAACAAACACGCUGAGGCCACGGGUGAUCUCUGCCGAGGCCUUUACGCCAGAGCCCUGACAGGUGUUUUUGCCUUUGACGAUACCAUCUGGAAUGAGUAUGUCCGGUUCCUCUCGACGUCUGGAACAUAUGCGCAGUCGCCUCAGGGCAUGGUCGACGUCUUGCGGCGAGCCGUGGAUCAUUGCCCUUGGUCUGGUGCAAUCUGGUCCCGGUACAUCUUAACUGCUGAAGAUGCCAAGCUGCCCUUCAACGAGAUUGAACAGAUUAAGCACAAAGCCACCAGCAAUCCCGAGCUAUACAAGAAUGGAAUGACUGCCCUUCUCGACAUGUACGCGGCAUGGUGCGGCUUUCUCAAGCGGAAGGCCAUGGAUCUCAACGCUACCGACGAAGAUGUGGAUAUUGCUGACAUGGGGUUACGUGCCGCCCUUGAGUUUGUUGACCAGGCCAAACACCGCUACGGCGACAGCUACAGGGGCGACCCUAAUUUUCGUCUGGAGCGUAUCUACAUUCAGUAUCUGACUGAGAAGAAGCGAUGCAUCGACGAGGCAAGAAGCGAAUGGCACAAACUGGCAGAGAAACAGCUCUAUGCAGACAGCUACGACUUCUGGCUUAACUACUAUCUGUGGGAAAUGAUGAUUUUCGCAUCCAGUGGCAAAGACCGCAGUCCGACACCUUCAACUGCCGCAAUCGGAUUGAGAGUGCCAUCUGUGGCCACGGCGGUGCUUGGAAGGGCGAUCAAGAGAAAAUCCCUGGAUUGGCCCGAGAGAGUCAUUGACGUUUAUAUGCAACACUGCAACGAUUAUGAACUGCCUAGCACGGUCCGCAAUGCCAUCGAUACCGUCUCCGAGAUGCGCAAAGAGGUUUUGAAGCGGAGAGAAAGAGAAGCUGCCCAGGCCGCGGAAUACUACGCAGCUCAGGCCCAGGAGCAAGCCACUUUUGUGCCCCAGACCGUAGAUGACGAUUCAUCUUCUAGCUCCAAGAGGAAACGAGACGAGGAGGCUGAUGUUGCCGAUGCGACAGUCAGUAAGAAACCCAAGAGCGAUAUUGCUGAGGCAGAGGCAACGGCGCUGAAGCAGCAAAGCCUGAAAAGGGACCGGGAGAAUACCUCAGUUCUCGUCAGCAAACUUCCCAGCGAAACUACAAAAACUAAAAUACGGCAAUAUUUCAAAGAGUAUGGCCACAUCGUCGACGUAACGGAUCCUGCAAUUAACCCUCAAGACAACACCCAGACCGUGAUGGUAGAGUUCAGAACACCGGAGGAGGCGCAGUCCGCGCUUCUUAGAAACGGAAAAUACUUCGGGACAGCCCAAAUCAGCGUCGAGCCCGGCACUGACCUGACGGUCUAUGUCACAAACUACCCCCCAACCGCGGAUAAGCCUUACCUCGCCAAGCUCUUCCAGGAUUGUGGGGAAAUCCUGAGCAUCAGGAUGCCCAGCCUCAAGGGCAACGUUCGUCGGAGAUUCAGUUACAUUACAUUUCUUAACCGAGCUGCCUCCGCCAAAGCCACGCAAAAGCACGGUUUAGUUAUUGACGGCAAAUUCAAACUUGUGGCGAUGUAUUCCGACCCCUCUCGCGCAAAGAAGCGUGAGGGAGCUGUAGAAGAGGGUCGAGAGCUUCAUAUCACUGGCCUUGACCCGGCGACUAUCGAGGACGACCUUGAAAAAGCCUUCUCCAAGUACGGUACGGUCAAGCGUAUCAGCAUGCCUAGGAACAAGGGUGGCAAGGCACACGGUGUAGCAUAUGUCGAAAUGGAAACGAAGGAACAGGCUCAGGCUACUGCAUCUGAGUUGGACAAGGCCAAAUUGCGCAACAGCAUCAUGACAGUGCAGAUCUCGACACCGAGUAAUUUCAAGAGGACUGCUAUCGCCUCAAAGGAGCGUGAUUCCCCCGCACCGAGCAGGGACCAAGAAGGGGAUGAAGAGAUGACAGACAGCAACGGUGACUCUGCCCACCAACCUGGCCCAAACCGUGCUGAGAUUGCUUCGCGGACAAUUGCCCUCCUAGGUAUUCCUGACACAGUCAACGAUGCGCGGGUCAAGGAGAUUGUUGAGAAGAUUGGAGGGUUUAAAAGUCUUGUUCUCCAACCCAGCCAUGGUGGUGCCAAGAUCGAGUUUGAGGAUGAGCCCAGUGCAGGCCGCGCAGCGCUUCAGCUUGACGGGUAUGUCCUGGAUGGCCGUAAACUCCAUACAGGAUCUGUUGAUGAACUUAAACGCUCCAAAGGAGAGGUUCGUACAGACAAGAUUGUCUACGGUACUGGUGGAAAGAAGCAAGGCGAUAAGCCUUCAGCCUCUAAGAGUAGUGGCGGUGCGCUUGUCCCACCGCCCACCACUGUCAAGCGGCCAGUUUUGGGCAAAGGUGGUGCGAAACGAGGAUUGGGAUUUCUACCAAAGGCUGGGGGUGCUGGGCCAGCAGGAAUAGCGCGGAAGCCACAGCCCGAACCCAAAGUGAACGGUGCUGGUGGUGGAGAACUGGAAAUACGAAAACCCAUGAAGAGCAACGCCGACUUUAAGGCGAUGCUACUGGGGACCAAUUCGGCCACGGGAGAUGGUGCGAAGAAGAACGGCAAUGGGCAGGCUGGACAAGACCAGCAUUAA